AAUUUAAUGUCAAAGAUUAACUUUGUAAUAUAUUUUACUUUUUGGAAAAUUUUAUCAAUUUCCAUACAAUGUUCAUCAUUCGAAUUUAUAAUUUAAAUAGAUACUUUCACUCCUUCUGUGAUACUUAAUUAUUUGAUUGGAAUCAAAUAAACUUUCACUUGUACAGAGAGUACAUUUUCUGCUGAAAAAUCUAAUACGGAAUAGGAAAUCAGCGUAAGCCAUAAUUUAACACUUCCAUUUUGGCAGUAUUUAAAGGUAAAUAAUAAUAUUAAUGAAAUUAUAAUAUUCAAUAUGACAUCUGAAAACAACAACGAAGUAGAUAUGGUAAUAUCCUUAGAAAGUAAACAUAGAAAGGAAAAGAAAGAACUUCAAGCUCAAAUUCAAGCAUUAAAGAAAGCUGCUAAAAAUGAUAAAACAAAGAAAAAAGAAUUGACAGCAGAAAUAGCCCGCUUAGAGUUAGAACAAGAUAUUCGUCAUAAGGAAGAAAUGGAAAACAUUAAAAACGAAUGUAAUAAUUCUAUUGAUAUAUCUUCUAAUCAAUGUGAACAGAAUGGUGAAAAUUAUAUUACUAAAAAUAAAGUAUCUAAAGCACAGAAACGUAGAGAAAAGAAAUUACAAGAGGAAAGAAAGAGAGAAGAACAAAUAAAGCAGCAGGAGAAAGAUAACCUAUAUGGACCCAGGAAUACAGAAAUUCAGACAAUUACUGCAAAACUGAAAGAGAGAAAUCUUAAAAUAUUUUCUAUACCAUCUGAUGGAGACUGUUUAUACAAAGCUGUGGCACAUCAAUUAGCAAUAAAGAAACAACAGUCUAUUUCUGUUGAAGAGUUAAGGAGAAAUGUUGCUACUUACAUCAGUAAUAAUAAAGAUGAUUUUCUACCAUUUAUGAGUAAUUCUGAUACAUGUGAAAUGCUCACCAACGAAGAAUUUAAUGACUAUUGUAAUAAAAUAUCUAGUACGAAAAUGUGGGGCGGCCAAUUAGAAAUAAGAGCUUUAUCAAACUCAUUAAAAUGUCCAAUUAGCAUAAUACAAGCUACAGGUCCUGACUGUAUUGAGCAGGGAACAGAAUUUGGUGAUGAUCCAUUGAUUAUUGCUUAUCAUAGACACAUGUAUAGUUUGGGUGAACAUUAUAAUUCAACAUGUGUUAAUGAUGAUUCAGAUAUAGAAGAUAGCAAUAAAUAAAAAUAUCUA